AUGUGCGUCCGUCUCUCAGACCCCCCAGAGCCAGUCGGUCUCGGAGCCCACUUCGACCUCGACACAGACCAGCACGACCGCAUCCGACUCCUCCGAGGGCGGAUCGACCCGCAUCCCCUCCGCCAGCCCAAGUCCGACUGCCGACCCGAGCGACUCCUCCGUGAGCGGUGGGCCGGCGGGCCCGAACUCAAUCGGUUCGUCGUCGACGGCUGGGGCAUCGGCGCCGUCGACCUCGUCGUCAGCUUCGCACUCGGGCUCAUCUUCUGCUCCGAGCGCAUCCGCGACGACCUCGCGACCCAGCGUAAGUCGUUGGGAGCUGAGCCGAUGCUCAAGCCCAUGACCUUUGGCGGCCUGAUCCUUGUUGUCGUGGCCAGCUGGCUUGUUUAG